UUGUCCGUAUCAGCUCCCUGGAUUACUCGCUGACGCCGAGCCAGAUUUAGCAAUUUUUUUUUUUUGUUGUUUCGAAAUUUCUUUUUUUUCCCCUCCUGUCUUUUUCCUGGAGGACGAUUUCACUGCCUUUCGAAGGUCUUGGACGGACGCUCGGACAGAGCCGUGCAAAAAAAAAAACGCUUUUGUGGACAUCGCCGGGCGCUUUUGCAAAUUUGAUCACCUUCUCCCGUGGACCUGUCGUGGAGGCCGGAUCUUGCUUUCCACUGUGGAUUAUAACUGCAACAUGACGCUGGAAGAGCUCGUGGCGUGCGACAACGCGGCGCAGAAGAUGCAGACGGUGAGCGCCGCGGUGGAGGAGCUGCUGGUGGCUGCCCAGCGCCAGGACCGCCUCACGGUGGGGGUGUACGAGUCGGCCAAGCUGAUGAAUGUGGACCCCGACAGCGUGGUCCUGUGCCUCCUGGCCAUCGACGAGGAGGAGGAGGACGACAUCGCGCUGCAAAUCCACUUCACCCUCAUCCAGUCCUUCUGCUGCGACAAUGACAUUAACAUCGUGCGGGUGUCGGGCAUGCGGCGCCUGGAGCAGCUGCUGGGCGAGCCCCCCGAGACCCAGGGCGGCCCCGACGCCACCGAGGACCGGGACCUGCACUGCCUCCUGGUCACGAAUCCGCACACAGAAGCCUGGAAGAGCAGUGGCCUCGUGGAGGUGGCCAGUUACUGUGAAGAAAGUCGGGGCAACAACCAGUGGGUCCCGUACAUUCCUCUCCAGGAACGCUGAGGGCCCCCCCGGCCCCCCAGCGGCCCAGUGUGAGAACCUGUGGAAUGGCUGGCAUAAAAAGAAAAAAAAAGCGACAUAAAUAACUGACCGCCUUCGCCUCCCCCCGCCCCCCGCCAGAGCCAAGACCACCCCCUCCAAAAAAAAAAAAACAAGAACCCAACCUCUGAGGUGAGGGGGGACAGGUCAUUGGAACAAGAAGAGGAGGAGGAGGAGGAGGAGGAAGAGGAAGGAGAACAGGGGGCAGGCGGGAACAGCGCCAUCAAGAGGCCAGCACGAGGAGGAAAGAGGGGGGGUCCCCGGCAGGAGAAGGGGCCCCCCCAGAGCUCAGGCCUGGUGACGAGCAGAAGCUGGACGCGGAGGGCCUGGAUUCAUACUGGGGGUGGGAUGACGACGCACCCCACCCCCACCCCCCACCUGGGGGCUGACCGCUGCAACACGGGACUUGCUGAUGGAAGGGGGGGGCGCCCACGGAGCCCUCCCCCCGGGACUAUCUCUGGAAUUCCCCUAGGCUGGGGCUGGAGCCUUGGAGAACCGUUUGCAGGCUGAAAU